AUGUCCUUCAAGCUUGUUGGUGACAAUUUUACUCAACAGAGAGUUCUCAAGAAACGUCGAGUAACGGAACUCCUGGCAAAUAGCAUAGAUGAAGAUGAGGCUCAACUCACAAAGAAUGGACGCUAUGUUUGCCUAGUAUGCAGCAAACAUCCAGUAUUUGAUACGAUUGAAAUGCUCUGUGUGCACAGAAAAGGCAAAAAACAUGCUCACUGGUCUGCUAAGCAACUUGAUAAGAAAAAAGAGAUUUUAGAAUUAUUAGAAAAGAGGCAGCAGGUGGAACCUGAAACGCUUGCAACAGCAUCUAAUGCUACCUCAGUAGACCCUCUCUUGCGGGAUUCUCGGAAAAAAACCAUACAUGCAUUAUUGACUGCGACGCCUUAUAACCCAUGUGUAAAGCCACGAAAUGCCGUAAGCAUUUUUCAACCGUUAAAGAGAAAACGUGACGAAAAUCCACGGUGUAGUACUGAUGAAAGUUCUAAGAACAAUGAAGGUACAUGUAUCUCGAAAAGUAACGAAAAAAAUAAAGAAAAGAAAGUCUACGUAUUUCCACCCAAACAUACGAAAUUAAAAAAUGAUGGAAACAACCCUAAAGGAGUCAGUCAAAUAGUGACCGGUCAUACUACUGGUAAUCCCCUAACUACAAGAUAUAUUCAGCUGAGGAGUUUAGGAUGGCGCUUGGAUGCUAAUGGAAAUUGGUUCAAAGAUGAAAACGUCGAGUUUGAAUCAGAUGAAGAAGAACCCGAGCCAUUAUUUAAUCAGAAAAUUGCAAAUUGA